AUGAUAGAGAAAAGAUCAUUUUAUUUCUUUUUAUUUUUAUUUAUUUCAUUUUUAAUUUUUAACACUAAUGCAUUAGUUUUGUCUCAAAGUGAAAAAAAUUGUUUAUUAUCACUUAAUGGAAAAAUUGGGAACACAAAUCCAAAUAAUAAUGAUGGAGAUCUUUGUUCUGAAAUUCCUAAUAUAAAAUGUAUUGGCGAAAAUGUUGUUGAAUUAUCCUUUACUCAAAUUAAUACAGAAGUUAUAAAUGCAUUAGAUUUUAAUUGUUUUUCAAGUUUAUCAAAAGUAACAUUAAAUAACUUUUUCCUUGCAGAGGAUUUCUUAACAAAUAAUCCCUUUCAAAUCAAUAAUGUAUCACUAAGUUUAAUUGGUUCGACUAGUGGUUUUAAAAUUGAUAAAAUAAUUUCAUCAAAAAUUAGUUAUUUAGAUAUAAACCUAAUAACAGAGGACUCAAUUUUAUUGAGUUAUUUUAUCAAUGUCAAAAUAUUAAAUAUUAAGGGUGCAACUGGUCAAAUAAAUUUUGGAACAGAAACUUCAGAUAAUGAAGAAAUUUAUUUAGUUGGUAAUAGUAUUGCUAUUUCAUCACCAUCAAGAAUUGGUCUUUCAAAUUAUUCAAAAUUAAAAAUAUUAAAUAUUGAAACAUCAACAGAUUUUAAAAUUAAUGAUGGAAAUUUUCAAUUUAUUAAUGCACCUAGUUCACUUUAUAAUUUUAAAUUAAAAGGGUCAACAUUUACAAAUUUGGUUUCAGCAUUUUCAGUUUUAAAUAAAGUUAGUUCGAUUGGAAUUUCAAAUAAUUUAAUUUCAACUACUUUACCAACAACUCAUCAAUUAACAAUUUCUCCAUCAUUAAAUGUUGAUUUAUCAAAUAAUCAAUUAACUGGUACAAUUUCUCAAGAUUAUUGUUCAAUUUCAAAAAUUAAUUUUUCAUCAAAUAAAUUAACAGGAAAUAUUCCAAAUUGUUUUACAUGUUUUAUGGAUAGUGCAAUGAUUUUAAAUUUUAAUGGUAAUAGUUUUACAGGUUUAAAAGAAGUAACAACCUAUUGUAAUGAAAUUAUACCAAAAUUAAGAUAUGUAAAAGAGAGUAAUAAAAUUUAUUUAGAAGGAACAAAUUUAGGAUUUAAUGAAAAUAUAGUUUCUAAUCCAGUAUUAACUUGGAAGAUGCAAACCCCAUCAAGUGUAUUUGUUGCAGAUACUAUUAAUAGCUACACAGAUUCACAAUUAUUUACAGUGAAUUUUCCAAUUGCAAAAGCUUCAUUUACAAUUAGAUUAGUAGAAGCAACACCAGUCGUUACAAGUAUUAUUGUAUCUGCAAGUAAAGUAUUAACAAUCCAAGGUAGUGAUUUUUCAAAUCAUUUAAGUUUAACAAAUGUAAAAUUAAAAAAAAAAGGUGCAACCACUGAUAUAACAUGUACAAUCAAUUCUUCAAGUUUUAAUAAAAUUGAAUGUACUUGUAGUUCAUUAGUAUUUAGUUCAACCGAUAUUUAUACAUUGACUAUAAUAACAUCUAAUCAACUCUCAAAGGAAAUUACAACAAAAUUUUCAGGUGCAACAACUAUUUCAAGUUUACCAUGUACAAAUAAUUGUUUCUCAAGAGGUACAUGUUUAUUUGAUGGAACAUGUGAUUGUAAUGCUAAUUCCACCACAAAUAGUGAUUGUAGUGAAUGUAUUUUUAAUCAUUAUGGACCAACUUGUAGUUUAACAUGUCCAAUUGGUACCAAUGGUAAAAUAUGUAGUGGUUAUACAUGUUUUACAAACAAUGUAACAUGUUCAUGUAUUGAAGAUCAAGCCAAUGGUAAUGCAUGUCAAAAUAAAGUUUGUCCUAGUGGUUGUAGUGGUCAUGGUACUUGUGAUUCUUUAACAGGUGUUUGUUCUUGUUCAAAUGGUUUUUAUGGUACCGAUUGCUCUAAAAAAUCUUGUCCUAUUGCUCCUAAUGGAUAUGGAUGCAGUGGUAAUGUCAAUGGAAAAUGUAAUGAUGAUGGUACAUGUACUUGUAAUUCACCAUACUUUGGAAAAGAUUGUUCAUCUAUUCCAUGUCCAGUAUCAAAUCAAAAGGAAUGCGGUGGUAAUGGUGCUUGUACAUACUCAAAUGGUACAUGUAAAUGUAACCCUGAUUUCUAUGAAGCUGAUUGUUCAAAAAAACAUUGUCCUGUUGGUCCAAAUAAAUAUGAAUGUAGUGGUUAUUUAAAUGGAAUAUGUAAAGAUAAUGGUGCAUGUACUUGUAUCUCACCCUACUAUGGAACCAAUUGUAGUCUUUCCCCAUGUCCAAAUUCAUGUAGUGGAAAUGGUAAUUGUAAUGGUGAAACUGGUAAAUGUACUUGUGCUCAUAAUUUCUAUGAAGCAGAUUGCUCAAAGAAACAUUGCCCUACUGGUACCAAUGAAUUAGAAUGUAGUGGUAAUGUAAAUGGAAUAUGUAAUAACAAUGGUACAUGUACUUGUAAACCACCCUAUUUCGGAAAUAAUUGUGGCUCUAUACCAUGUCCAACUUCAAACACUCUAUCAUGUAGUGGUAAUGGUAAUUGUAAUAAUGUAACUGGUGUAUGUAGUUGUAACAAAGAUUUCUAUCAAUCCGAUUGCUCAAAGAAACAUUGCCCCGUUGGUGCCAAUGGAUUUGAAUGUAGUGGUUAUUUAAAUGGAAUAUGUAAUGACAAUGGUGAAUGUUCUUGUAUUCCACCCUAUUAUGAAAAAGAUUGUGGAUAUAUACUUUGUCCAAUUUCCAACUCUCUAUCAUGUGGUGGUAAUGGUAAUUGUAAUAAUUUAACUGGUGUAUGUAGUUGUAACACUGAUUACUACGAAUCAGAUUGUUCAAAAAAACGUUGUCCCACUGGUUCAAAUGGAUUUGAAUGUAGUGGUAAUACCAAUGGAAGAUGUGAUUCUGAAAGUGGUGAAUGUGAAUGUAAUUCUGAUCGUCAAGGUAUCGAUUGUGGUACUGGUUUUCGUCAAUGCCCAAUCUAUCAAGAUCAAUUAUGUAAUGGUAAAUCAUGUAAUAAUCAAACGGGUAUAUGUUCAUGUGAUCCAGGUGUGACGUUACCAGAUUGUAGUGGUGUUGCUUGUCCAUCAACUUGUUCCAAUGGUGCAUAUUGUGAUAUUUCAAUUGGUCAUUGUAAAUGUGGACCCAGUUGGACUGGUAGUGAUUGUAAUGUACCACUUCAUUAUAUUACCUCAAUUGAACCAUGUUCUACCAAAGGCGGUAAAGUUACAUUCUAUGGUUGGUUUGGUGAUAUUCACAAUUUAAUUUCAAUUAGUAUUGGUGGUACAAGAUGUACUAAUAUUGUAGAAACCAAUCAAACGAUUACAUGUGAAAUUGGAGCUGGUACAGGUUUAAAAGAUGUUCUUUUACUUCAAAAUGGUGUUAGUGUUUUAUCAAAGAAUUCAUUUAGAUAUUUAAAUACUGAAGAAUCAAUAUCAUGUUUAAAUGAUUGUUCUGAUAAUGGUGAAUGCUCAACAACUUAUGGUAUUUGUAAAUGUAAAAUUGAAAAAAUUGGAUUUGAUUGUUCAGCUAGAAAACCUCAAGAUUUAAUAACUCCAUCACCAACUCCAUCAAUAUCUUCUUCUUCAUCAUCCUCUGAUAAUUCAACUUUAGAAAUUGUACCAAUUUCAAUAACAAAUAUUGAUUUCAAAAAUGGAGAAAUUUUAAUAUCAAAUGAAGAUACUUCAUUUACAAUUUUAUUAGAUUCAUUGGUUGAAUUAGAUUAUAAUGGUGAUGUAGUUAAAACUACAAUACUUAGAAAUAAAUGGAUUGGUUCUCAAGAUCCUAAUACUGAAAAAUAUAGUUUCUCACAAUCAGUUUCUACUUUUAAUGGAAUAUCAGGUAAAAUUCAAUUCGAUGUAGAAGUUGUAAAAGAUGAUAUUAAACAAUAUCAAUUUGCAGGUUUAAAUUUACCACUCGAUAAAGAUGGUAUUGAAAUCGUUGUAAAUAUUACAAAUUAUCAAUUCCUAAGUGGAUUAAAUACUUUACAAUUGCGUUUCAAUUCAUUUGCCAAUGAAAUUGUUAUUAAAGAUAGUGAUGACGAUGAUGAAGAUUCCGAUAGUUCAACAAUAAAUUAUGAUAAUGGAUGUAAUGAAAGAGAAGCUGAAAUUGAUACAAAAAAUAUUGACCCUUCAAAAACUUUAAACUAUAUUUCAAUUAAAAAGAAUUCAAAGGUACUCUUUGGUAGAUUCAUUAAUAUUGCCAUCUCUGAUUCAAGACAAACUUUUAUUACAAGUGAAAUUAUUGAAGAAAAUACAAAUUCUUCAGCUAUUACAAUUGGUAUUAAUUUACCUCAUUGUGUUGAUUCAUGUUUUAUAGAUCCUCAAUUCACACUCUCACCAGAUUAUUCAACUUAUAAAUUCUCAUGUGUCGUUAUAAUUGUACCUCCUUCCAGAGUUUGGAUAAUUGUAAUUGUUGUGGUUAUACCUACCAUUAUUGCUUCGGUUGCUCUUUAUUUUGGUAUUAGAUAUUAUAAAAAAAAUAGAUAUUCAAUUAGACUAUAUACUAUGAAAAAAUCAAGUGCUAUUAAAAAGAAAAUUACAUUAAAAAAAAGUUAA